AGCAAAUAGAAAACAGUUGAGAACAUGAAUUCACUAUCAGCUUUGGACACUGGAGAGGGUUGCAUCUGUUUCUGGCAAACAUGAAAUCAAACCUCUGGUAUUUCCUUCUCUUCUGCUUUCAAGUUGAAGCCCUAACAGGAGAAAUCAAUGAUUCUGCCAAGUCUGAGAUGUUUACGUUUCACGAUGGAGGUGUACAAAUUUUAUGCAAAUUCAGUGAUACUGUCUGGCAAUUUAAAAUGGAGUUGCGGAAAGGGACGGAAGUACUCUGUGAUCUCACUAAGACAAAGGAAAGUGGAAACACAGUGUCCAUUAAGAAACCAAAAUUCUGUCAGUCUCAGUUAUCCAGUGAGGGUGUCUCUUUUUUUCUGAAUAACUUGGACAGUUCUCAUGCUAGCUACUACUCCUGCGAACUGUCAAUCUUUGAUCCUCCUCCUUUUCAAAAAAAGAAUAUUAGCAGAGAAUAUCUGAAUGUUUAUGAAUCACAGACUUGUUGCCAACUGAAGUUCUGGUUACCCAUAGGAUGUGCAGCUUUUGUUGGAGUCUAUAUUUUUGGAUGCGUAUUUCUUUGUUGGCUUACAAAAAAGAAAUAUCGAUCCAGUGUGCAUGACCCUAACAGCGAGUACAUGUUCAUGGCAGCAGUGAACACAGCCAAAAAACCUGGAUUCCCAGGUGUGACUCAUAAUUUGGAACUCUGUGGCACCCAGGCAUGAACCCUACUGGCCAGCUUUCCCCUGACAUGAAGUGCAAGAUUCCCACGUUCCCUGGACCCCAGAGAGUCAGACUUGAUUUGAGUACAUACAUCUUCUGCUGGUGUUUUGUUCAAUCUGGACCAGUGACUCUAUCAGUCAAAAGAGAUUUUAACAGGUUGCUUCAGUACUGUGGGGUUAUCAAGACACCCUCUUGCAACUAGUUUUAUAGAAAGCCCAGCUUGUGUGUGCUCAACAAAUAGACCUCACUGGGUUGGAAUUCCAGAUCUUCAUACCUGCUUCUAGCAAUGCACCAGCCAGUAAAACAAACACAUCUACAGAUAUUUUUAAGAGAUGCCAAGGAUACUGAAUCUGCAAAGCAAAUGGGCAGCCAAGGGCCAGUGUCUGUCCACAUUUCACUAACAGACUACCUCUUCUUCCUGUAGGAAUGAGCAUUCCUUCUUAAUGAGAUACUGGACUGAGAUGCUUCAGAAUUGUAGCUAUUUCUGAGGUGUUGACAUAUAACUGGACUAUUAUAAUACAUUAGUACACAGUACUCUUUUCAAACUUCUGAACACCAGUCCCCCACUCCAAGAGUUUAGAUGCCUUCAUCUGCCUUCAAUUUUCCUUUUUAAAAUAUUUCUACAUGACCACUUGAUGACAGACAUUCUGAGCAGGGAGCUAGAUCUACAUUUUCCCCUCCACUUCUCAAUAAAAUGCAUAUUCAUUUAGCUGCAACUAAAUAUAUGUUAUAUCAUUUGCCUAUAUUCUCCCUAUAAGAAUAUUUUUGCUCCAGAAAGACAUCUUAUUUUCCCAAAUUCAGUUAAAAUGAUUUACUUUGUUGACUUGUUUCGACCACAUCAGUGGUGUAAAAAAAAAAAAAAAAAAAAAAAAUUGCCCAGCAUCAGAAGGGACUUUAUUGUAUGAUUCUGUUUUCUACCAUUAUCUAUGUUUUCAUGGUGCUAUUAAUUACAAGCCAGGCUAUUUCUGUAGAUCAUAUUAAAAUUGCAAACAAACAAACAAAAAAACCCAAAACCAUUUUUCCCUGUCAAGCAUUGUCCUGGAGAAAGAGCCAAUGACCCAUUCAGCAGAAAAGCUGUAGUUCCUGGAGGUCGCUUCCAAACUACAGCCAUGCUGACCUCUGGGCUUGACAGGUUGAAAUGGUCCCAUCAGCCUGGAACAGCCAUCCAGACCUGGGUGGAAUUCCAAGGGUUGAGAGACUCCCCUGAGCCCAGGACAACCAUCUGCUCUCACCCCCAGAGGCAGAAGUCACCCUGGGGACCAUGGUGAGUCCACCUGCAUUUGUACUUCCAGGCUCUGGGAAGAAGCACAGAUGUAUCAAGGAACAUCAACAUGAUUCCCUCUCCUAGGAACAAUUCAGCCUGGAAACUGGCCCUGGCCCUUCAAGAUAGGCUUCCUUUGAAUACAAUUUGGUUGGAAAGAUUCCUAAAUACAUAUAACAUGUCAUUAGUCUUAGCUGGAAUAUUUUCUCCAUUUUCUGUUCCCAUGCCCAAUGCUUCUGAAGCAGCCAAUGUAUGUGCAACAACAUUUUUAACUUUAGGUAAAAUGGGGUUGUUUAGUAGUUUUAAAAUUUGUAGGUGCCUGCUUAUAGUGUUCUUUAAAAGCAAGACCAGAUAUGUCAUUAUGCACACUUCGGUUGUUGUAAGCGUGUGUAAUGCUGGAUGUGUGCAGUACAGUACUGCAUUUGUAAUUUGAAUCAAGUAUGGUGUUCUGUUUCUAGCUGGCUCGGACAGUCUGGUUGGCUCUGCAGAGGUGUCCUCUGGGCGGUUUGCAGCUUGCUGGGUGGGGGUUUAGAGCGGGGGUAGAGCCUUCAUGUGGGGUCCACCUAUCCUGGUUGUCUAAACCGUGCCCUGCAGCAGCAUCCUCAGCACUGGACAUUUCAAAGUGGAUUAUUCAAAGAUACAAUUUCUGUGAAAUAAAGACUUGUUUUAAGAGGAGCCACUCAUGAAAUAGAUGUUAGCAGCAGUAGGAAACUAAGGAAUAAACAUUUGAUA